AUGGCUGGUGGUGACGCUAAGAAGGGUGCCAACCUCUUCAAGACCCGUUGUGCUCAGUGCCACACCGUCGAGAAGGACGGCGGCCACAAGAUCGGCCCCAACCUGCACGGCCUCUUCGGCCGCAAGUCUGGUACCACCGCCGGCUACAACUUCACCGAUGCCAACAAGAACAAGGGCGUUACUUGGGACGACAAGACCCUGUUCGACUACAUCGAGAACCCUAAGAAGUACAUCCCCGGCACCAAGAUGGCCUUUGGUGGCCUCAAGAAGGAGAAGGAUCGCCAUGACCUCAACGCCUACCUCAAGGAGGCUACCGCUUAA